AUGAUAGAAGCGAAUUAAACUUUGACGUAACAGUCUAAAUUCUGAACUUUGCUGAGCUGAUUCUCCUGGAAAUGCACUGGGAAUUAUAACGAAAAACAUAUUGUCCCUUAAUCGUUCAACUUGUAUAUGGUUUAGGGAUCAGAUAAUAUUAAAUAUACAAAAUGGAAGAUAUACAUAGAAAAAGUGAAAUUUUCCAUAUACUUGGUAUGCCAACACACAUCCUGAAGUAUGGAACUACAGGACAGUCAGGGGUUGUAUUUCUCAUUAUACCAGGAAAUCCUGGUAUAGCUGAAUAUUAUGAUGAGUUUAUGAAAGUUCUCUAUCAGAAUAGUAAAUAUACCAUUCCAGUCUGGACUAUUUCUCAUGCAGGACAUGUGUCAAUACCAAAAUCUUCAGAUAAUCUAGCCAUAGAGAAAGCAUCAUACAGUGUCUGCUCAUUGGAAGGACAAAUCAAACACAAGCUUACAUUUAUAAAGGACAACAUUCCAACCAAUGUAAAACUUGUUCUGAUUGGCCAUUCCAUAGGAUGUUAUAUGAUUUUAAAACUAUUAGAUGAUCUUGAUCACCAGGUGUUACGAUGUUUCAUGUUGUUUCCAACAAUUGAAAGAAUGGCGGAAUCACCAAAAGGACAAGUGGCGACACCUUUACUGAAAUAUUUAAGAUGGCUAGGAGCAUUAAUUGUGCAAGGACUGUCAUAUCUUUCCCCACAUAUGCAAUUUAGGUUGAUUUUAUGGUAUUUCCGUGGCAAGACGGUGCCAGAUUGUAUUUACAAUGCCUCUAUGUCCUUAUUCGAUUCAUUCUGUGUUAGUAAUGUUAUGUAUAUGGCAAACAUGGAAAUGCAGAAAGUUCAAAAACUUGAUGAAGAUUUGAUAAAGAGACAUUUGUCAAAAAUCAGUUUCUAUUAUGGUUCUGAUGAUCACUGGUGUCCAAAGUCUUAUUAUUAUGAAUUCAGAGACAAAUUUCCUCAUGCAGACACUCGUUUAUGUAAAGAUGAUCAUGACCACGCAUUUGUUUUGGAAGGAAGUCAACAAAUGGCAGAUAUUCUUUCAUCGUGGGUUGAAAGAGACCUGCAUAAAAUUAAUGAUUGAUUAUAAGGUCUAGGAUAUUGAAUUCAUCUAUAAAUGUACAAAUGU